AUGUGUUGGGCACACAUGAAAAAGAAAGUUGAAAAUCGUAUAUGCCAUCUUGACAAUAAAGAUAUUGAAAAAGAAUUAAUGAAAGAUAUUAAAAUGCUUCAUUUAUCCAGUUCUAAAUCUGUAUUUAAAUUAGCAUCUUCACUAUUUAUGAAGAAAUGGAAUAUGAACAACAAGCAAAAAAAACAAUCAAUAUUAGAUUUUCUAAAUUAUUUUGAUAAUGAAUGGCUUCAAUCUAAUGAUGGUUGGUAUGAAGGUAUACAAAUGUAUGCACCAAGUAGAAAGAAGGCCUUAGAGGCAACCAAUAAAGCGAUAAAAGAUGAUGGAAUAUUUCGAGAACGCCAUGUUCUAUCAAGAUUUUUAACAAUUUCUUUAACUAUGAUCAACAGCUGGUCAACUUAA